UGGACCCGCGGCCGGGGGCGGAGAGGCACCGCAAGGACACAGGGUCUAGGGAAGGUCUGCAACUCGCGGAGGGCCAAGGAAGCGUCUAAGGGGACUGCCGGAACCGGAAAAGCUGUGAGAGAACAACGCGAAUACUAGGGAGCGUCUGCAAAGACCGCAGCGGAAAGCCAGGGAUUGUCUAAAAAGUUGCCGGAGCGGUUAAAGGGAGGUCUAAAAUGGGGCAGUCCCAAGAACAAGGCUUCCAAAAGCUAAGCCAGGAAGGAAGGUGUGGAAGCCUACUGGGACGCCGAGCACCCCUGAGGACAGGACUGGAGCUGCAGCCGACGACAGGAGAACGGCUCUAGCUGGACGGAGGAAAAAGUGGGGAGAAAGGAGGGGAGGCCUUGGGCACUGUCUGAAAAGUGCCCAAAUGAUUUUUAGGGACAGACAGUAAGUUGUAUCCCUUGCUAAAAUAUCUCUCGGUAGUGAACCACCAAUUUUUUUAACCCCUGCCUUUCAGCUAUUACGUCUAGUUCGGCUGUCUCUGAUCCAAGAAGCUGCCAGUUCCCACUUACUCCUCCCCAACAAGGGCGAAAGGCCCGCCUCCGGUGCGCACUUUCUCCUCCCCUCAGGCCCCUGGCGCAUUCUCUCGCCUAUCUAUCAAUCACGGCGCUCCGCUGUCCAGUUGGCUGGCCAAGGGGGCGGGACCGUCGUGUGACGUUUGCAGCCCGCCGGCCAGGAAGCCGCGAGAUGUGUGACGAGGUAGGCUCGUGACGGAGGAGCGGUUGGCCAACGCAGCGGCGGCAGUUGGUGUAAACAAGGCCUCGCGCCACUGCGGGUCCUGCGACCGCUCCUGGCUGGGGCUUCGAUUGGUCUGUCAGAGAGGUUACCUGGGAAUCCAACACCGCCCAACAACCCUUCCGCUCCCCAGUCCUGGGACUUUAAUAGGAUUGGAGAAGGUUUGUGUUCCCGACGCCUUGGUAGUUGGCAUAGGCUAAAGAAAAGGGAUCUCAGCCCCGAGGAAGGGUCACCCUCCUGGAGAUAGCUACCCCAUCUCAGGAGACCCUGGUAUUUCUAGAGCACGCUUUGCUUUCACCAAACCCAAGGAGGUGACAGGAGGAGCCCCCGCACAGAACCUAAGAAUGCUGUGACCAAAAGAUGGGAUCACGGAACAGCAGCAGUGCGGGAUCCGGGUCCGGAGACCCCUCCGAGGGUUUGUCCCGAAGAGGGGCUGGCCUUCGUCGGAGUGAGGAAGAGGAAGAAGAGGAUGAAGAUGUGGAUCUGGCCCAGGUACUGGCCUAUCUCCUCCGCAGAGGCCAAGUGAGGUUGGUGCAGGGAGGAGGUGCAGCAAAUUUACAAUUCAUUCAGGCCCUCUUGGACUCAGAGGAAGAGAAUGACAGAGCUUGGGAUGGUCGUCUUGGGGACCGAUACAACCCACCUGUGGAUGCCACCCCUGACACCCGGGAGCUGGAAUGCAAUGAGAUCAAGACACAAGUGGAAUUGGCCACAGGGCAGCUGGGGCUUAGGCGGGCAGCCCAGGAACACAGCUUCCCUCGAAUGUUGCACCAGAGAGAACGGGGCCUCUGCCACCGGGGAAGCUUCUCCCUUGGAGAACAGUCUCGAGUGAUAUCUCACUUCUUGCCCAAUGAUCUGGGCUUCACUGAUAGCUACUCUCAGAAGGCUUUCUGUGGCAUCUACAGCAAAGAUGGUCAAAUAUUCAUGUCUGCUUGCCAAGACCAGACAAUCCGACUGUAUGACUGCCAGUAUGGCCGUUUCCAUAAAUUCAAGAGCAUCAAGGCCCGCGAUGUAGGCUGGAGCAUCUUGGAUGUGGCCUUUACCCCUGAUGGGAACCACUUCCUCUAUUCCAGCUGGUCUGAUUACAUUCAUAUCUGCAAUAUCUAUGGUGAGGGAGAUACACACACUGUGCUGGAUCUCAGGCCAGAUGAGCGUCGCUUUGCUGUCUUCUCCAUUGCUGUCUCCUCAGAUGGACGAGAAGUACUAGGAGGGGCCAAUGAUGGCUGCCUGUAUGUCUUUGACCGAGAGCAGAACCAGCGCACCCUUCAGAUUGAGUCCCAUGAGGAUGAUGUGAAUGCAGUGGCCUUUGCUGAUAUAAGCUCACAAAUCCUGUUCUCUGGGGGUGAUGAUGCCAUCUGCAAAGUGUGGGAUCGACGCACCAUGCGAGAGGAUGACCCCAAGCCUGUGGGUGCACUCGCUGGACACCAGGAUGGCAUCACCUUCAUUGACAGCAAGGGUGAUGCCCGGUAUCUCAUCUCCAACUCCAAAGACCAGACCAUCAAGCUCUGGGAUAUCCGACGCUUUUCCACGCGGGAAGGCAUGGAAGCCUCACGCCAGGCUGCCACACAGCAAAACUGGGACUAUCGCUGGCAGCAAGUGCCCAAAAAAGCCUGGCGGAAGCUGAAGCUCCCGGGAGACAGCUCCUUGAUGACCUACCGGGGCCAUGGAGUGCUGCACACCCUCAUCCGCUGCCGGUUUUCCCCCACUCAUAGUACCGGCCAGCAGUUCAUCUACAGUGGCUGCUCCACUGGCAAAGUGGUUGUGUACGACCUUCUCAGUGGCCACAUUGUGAAGAAGCUGACCAACCACAAGGCCUGUGUGCGUGACGUCAGUUGGCACCCCUUUGAAGAGAAGAUUGUCAGCAGUUCGUGGGACGGGAACCUGCGUCUAUGGCAGUACCGCCAGGCUGAGUACUUCCGGGAUGACAUGCCAGAGUCUGAGGAAUGUGCCAGCACCCCUGCCCCAGUGCCCCACUCCUCUACAGCCUUUUCCUCACCCCAGUAGAUCCGACCUCCAGCCCCAUAUAGGGUGAACCUCUUGAUAAGCUCUCUGCCUCCUCCUCCCUUUCUCCCUUGUGGGGAAUGUUUGGAGGAAUCACUGGCAUUGGAUGGGGAGAAAGAGAAGCCCAGGCUCUGAGCCUCAGCUGAGCCCUAGAAGAUCCUCCCUAUGGGGCAGAGUGGUCUCCUCACAUGCUCACACCCAGUCAGAUUGGGUCCCUAUCUCUGGCCAGAGUUUGGCAGGAGUGCCAUUAUCUGGGGUGUGGUCUCUGCCAGCAAGGGAAGUAUCCUGGGUGUUUUUAAUCAUGUUUGAAUGUUAGGGGUUGGCUCGUAGAGUAGACCCCUGAGGCCACAUCUGAACAGACCUGUCAGCCAGGCCUGUUGCCUGAAUCACGUUGAGGAUUCAACUGGCCAAUCACAGGGCAGGUGUCCUGGCCUUUCUUCCUGAGGUCUCUAGGGGAGGGGCAUGGAUAAGGGUGUUUCCUCCACACCUUCCUAGGGUGGGGGAAGGUGGGGAUUGUGACUGCUUUCGUGUCUGGGUCUUUGGGGUAGGACAGGCUGUGGUAUGAGAGGUGGGAGUCUCCAAAAGGCUCCUUGUGGCCCCUCAUAGGGCAGGCCCUGCCCUCUGAGAAGGUCCCAUCAUGCUGGAGGCACGCAGCUUUAAGGAAGUAGGUUGAAGUAGGACUCCUUUGUCCUCUCACCGGCUUUGGCUCCCUCAAUAAACUCUGUGUGGGAACCUGGCUCAGUGUCUGUCUCUCUCUCACACUCUCUCCCUUUCCUAUUUGAGGUCUUUCAUCCUCUCACUUCAGGAAAACAGUUUCAACAGAGCCUUUUUUUUUUUUUGGUGGGGGAACGGAGUCUUGCUUUGUUGCCAGGCUGGAGUACAGUGGCAUGAUCUCAGCUCACUGCAACCUCCAUCUCCUGGGUUCAAGCGAUCCCCCUGCCUCAGCCUCCUGAGUAGCUGGGACUACAGGCAUGGUCCACCACACCUGGCUAAUUUUUUUUUGUAUCAAGAAAUAGGGUUUCACCAUGGCCAGAUGGUCUCCAUCUCCUGACCUCGUGAUCCCCCUACCCCGGCCUCCCAAAGUGCUGGGAUUACAGGCAUAAGCCACCGCGCCCAGCCUCAACAGAGUCUUUAGCUGCAAUCCUGUGUUGGAGAAAAUACCCUUCUGUUGCCCCAUGAUAAAGGGAAAUAUCAAAACCAUUUUUUCACUGAGCCUUGCAGCAGGUGCUCCCUCACCAACUUUAGAAGCUUCCCUGCAAGUAGACAGCAAGAGAGCGCACUCUCCAUUACAGCCUGGUAAUACCCAGGAGGCAGAGGUUGUGGUGAGCCGAGAUUGUGCCACUGCACUCUAGCCUGGGUGACAGAGUGAGACUCGCUCUCAAAAAAAAAAAAAGCUGCUCUCAGACUCCUGGGCUCAAGUGAUCCUCCACUUCAGCCUCCCAAAUGCUGGGAUUAUAGGCAUGAGUCACUGUGCCUGGCCAUGAAUGGCUUUUUUUUUUAUUUUUUUGAGACGGAGUCUUGCUCUGUCACCAGGCUGGAGUGCAGUGGCGCAAUCUCGGCUCAUUGCAACCUCCGUCUCCUGGAUUCAAGCGGUUCUGCCACCUCAGCCCCCCGUGUAGCUGGGACCGCAGGCGCAUACCACCACGCCCAGCUAGCCAUGAAUGGUUUUAAUGGCAUCUAGAAUAGUGAAUCCUUUCCAGAAGGUUUUCAAUUGACUUCGUCUAUAGCUAUCAGAGGAGUCACUGUGGUAGCUAUAGUCUUAUGAAAUGAAUUUUUUUUUUUCUUUUGAGACAGGGUCUUGCUCUGUCACUCAGGCUGGAGUACAGUGAUGCAAUCUUGGCUCACUGCAACCUCUGCCUCACCCUGAACUCAAGCGAUCCUCCCGCCUCAGCCUCCCAAGUAGCUGGGACAACCAGCACAUACCAGCACACUUGGCUUGUUUUUGUUAAUUUUUUGUAGAGAUGGGUUUUGAAAUGUAUUUUUUAAACAAUAAGACUUGCAAGUCACAAUCAUUCCUUGAUCUAUGAGCUGCAGAAUGGAUGUUGUGUUAGCAGACAUGAAAAUAUUAAUCUCCCUUUAUAUCUCCAGAGUUUGUAGGUGACCAGAUGCAUUGUUAAUGAGCAGUAAUAUUUUGAAAGGAAGCUUUAUUUCUGAGGAGUGGAUCUUAACUGAGGAGUGAGCUUAAAAUAUUUUGUAACCCAUGCUGCAAACAUAUUUGCCAUCGUGUAGAUUUUGUUGUUUUAUUUAUAGAGCACAGCAGAAUACAUUUAGCAUAAUUCCUAAGGCCCUAGGAUUUUCAGAAUGGUAAACGAGCAUUGGUUUCAACUUAAAGUCACCAGGUGCAUUAUCUCCUAACAAGAGUUAGUCUGUCCUUUGAAGCUCUGUAGCCCAGCCUUGACUUCUGUCUAGCUGUGAAACUCCUAUAUGGCAUCUUCCAAUAGAAAGCUGUUUUGUUUGCUUUGAAAAUCUGUUAUUUAGUGUAACUACCUUUAUCAGUGAUCUUAGCUAGAUCCUGUGGAUAACUUGCUGCAGCUUCUACAUCAGCACUCGCUGCUUCACCUUGUAUUUUUAUGUUAUAGAGAUGGCUUCUUUCUUUGAGCGUUAUGAACCAACCUCUGCUAGCUUCCUCACCACUCUCAGUCUUAACAGAACUGAAGAGAAUAGGCUGGGCUCAGUAGUUCACACCUGUGAUCCCAGCACUUUGGGAGGCCAAGAUGGAAGGAUCACUUGAGGCCAAGAGUUGGAGACCAAUUUGGGCAACAUGGUGAGUGGAGACAUGCACAUGUAGUCCCAGCUACUUAGGAGGCAGAGCAGGAGGAUUAUUGCUUAAGUUCAGGAGUUGGAGGCUGCAAUAAGACAUGAUCAUGCCACCCCACUCCAGGCUCAGCAACCAAGCAAGACCCUGUCUCUCUUUUUUUUUUUUUUUUUUAAGAGAUGGGGUUUCUCCAUUUUGGCCAGGCUGGUCUCGGAACUCCUGACCUCAGGUAAUCCGCCUACCUCGGCCUCCCAAAGUGCUGGCAUUACAGGCAUGAGCCACUGCACCCAGCCCAACCCUAUUUUAAAAAAAAAAGGAGAAGAAGAGAGGGCCUGGUUCUGGAUUAGACUUUGGUUUAAGGGAAUGUUUUGUGGCUGCUUUGAUCUUCUCUCCGGACCUCUGAAACUUUCUCCAUAUCAACAAUAAAGCUGUUUCACUUUUGUGUCA